AUGCGGAUGCCCGCCGCCAACGCGAACGCCGUCGCCGUCACCGUCCCAACCGACAAUCGGCCGGCUGCCGUCACUACGGCUCCUACUGUUGCCGCCGCCGCCGCCGCCGCCGCCGCUGCUGCUGCUGUUGCCACCGGGACUGCUUCUGCUCCUGCUCCUGCUCCCGCUUCCGCUUCCGCUUCCGCUGCUGUCUCCGAGACUCAUCGGCCUGCUUCCGACGCCGCCGCCUCCGCCGUCUCCUCUGCUACCGGAGCUGCUACUCUUCCUCCUCUCUCUCAUCCUCACCCUCCUCUCGCCUCGCUCCCCUCCAUGCCGUUGACGUUGUCUCGCCCGUCGCGAUAUGACGCCGCCCCUGUCGCCGGCCGCCUCGAACCUUAUCCCUCCGGCCCCCUUCAUUCUCUGCCACCGCCAUCAACCUACUACCGCCGCUUGGCUGCGGCUCCAGCUGCUUCCCCCUCCUCCAUCGCCCGCCAUGGCGCCUUCGGCCUCCCGCCGUCGCCCUCACCAACCCCAUCACAUCCCACCAGCUUCGACAGCUUCAGCAACCAUGAGAGGAACCGCAGCAGCUCUAGCUUCACCAGUACCGGUAACAGCAGCAACCACGUCACCUCAGCACCGCGAUCCGACACCUCCAAGCCCAACAGAUGUUCCGUCAUGGCCCUGCAGAACGUCUUGUGCGACCCAGACGACGACGUGGACAUGACCUCGUCGCGUUCCAGUCACCCGCCAACGCCAUCUCUAGAUGCACUCAACCCUCCCAUCACAAAUUCCGCUCCUGUUUCUCCCGCUUCGGCACCACUGGAAACGUCUGCCUUUGUGGCGCGUCCAAAUCCGUCCCAUGUGCUCAUGACCACCCGGCCCCAGUUGCACAAUCCUCAUAUCCAGCACACAGAACCUGGCUGCAAGACGUGUCAGAUUCGCAAGAUGCCCUGCGAUGAAGGGCGACCCUCGUGCCAAAACUGCUCACGCAUGGGCAUCCAUUGUUUGGGCUACUUUUCUCCGAGUCAUGCCAACUCGCAACAGGUCUCGGACCGCUCCGUACCCAGCGUUAGUGCCAACGCCAAACGCCAAGACCAGGAGGAGUACCUCUUCUUCCUCCUCGACCACUACCGGCACACCAAGCGCCAUUGCAUGUGGGAGCUCAUCACUCUCGACUUCAACGAGCACUUCUCCUGCAAUAUGCGGAAAGAGGCCUUACAGAUGAUCAAGCGUCGACGUUUCAAGGACAAGGAUACUCGGGAGCCUUCUCCAAACGACGCCCCGACCAGCUCUCAACGACCCAAGGCAAGGAGAGGACGACGACCGCGAUCGAGCGCCCCUUCCCUCCAGCCACUGCCGCAGGACGCCGACAACGAGUCUGGCACAGGAUGA